UCAACAAUGGUAAGGAAAUACAACUUUAAGUCAAGGAGACGAAAUCCUACAAUGUUUCCUUAUUUCUGUGAAAUAUGCAAACCCCAACGUCGCUUUGCGAAAACGUUUGACAAGGGUAUGCAUGACAGUAUGAAGCACGGUGAGGCAAUUGGAACAACAAGUACACUUUAUUCGAGGGAUCUAAACUUACCUACUUAUAGCAGUAGUCAGAGUACCCAAGCAUACUCAUCAAGUUAUUCUCUUAGCACAAUAUCAGCAAAUGAACUUCAAACCUUUGCUACCAAUGAAAUAGAACCUGACACAGCCUACAAUUCCAGUUGUAAAGCAGUAGUACACCGUCUUUGCUUCUUUAUGCAGAACAACUUUCCAGAUGAAAUGAGGCCAUCUGAAGUGAUCAAAAGUGGUUCGCUUGGAAAAGGCACGGCAGUCAAAGGAAAAUCAGAUGCAGAUCUUGUUGUUUUCCUGUCUAGCUUUCAUUCGAUUUCGCAGCUGUACGCCUCUUUGCCAUCAAUUUUACAAAGAAUGAAACUGUACCUCGACAAGUACGGUCAUUGUACCAUAGAGAAAACAACAUCCCACGCCGUUAAAGUGUCCUUAUCAUGUCAUGCUGGACAUACCCAUGAUGUGGAUAUACUACCAAGUGUCAACAUAUUGAGUAAAAAUUCAAAAACAGCAAUAUAUUCAACCAUGAAGUCUGAGUCACCAAAGAUGAGAGAAUACUACUCUGCUGCUCUAGCACCACUACAAAUUUCAUUUGUUUCGAACAUUCCUACAAAAGUGAAAACCCUCAUUCGUUUGAUCAAAUACUGGAGGAAAACUUUCUUUGAAGAAAGCAGUUCACGAAGCUUGCCGACCUCCUAUCCUCUGGAGCUUAUAACAAUUGGAGAGUGGGGAGACGCUGGGAGACCACAGAACUUUGAUUUACGGAAAGGCUUCUACCAUGUAUUAAGAGCAAUUGCAAACUACACGAAGCUUAAGCAUGCAUGGAAUACAAAUUAUAAUUUUGAUAAUUUUAAAUGUUACGAUUCCUACUAUGUUAUGGAUCCAGCAAAUCCGUUCAACAAUGUUAUGAAGAAGUGUGACUGUUGGAGCAUGGUGGCAGAAAAAACAAAUCAGUUUCUUACCAAACCGCUGUUCUACGGCCUUUCAGGUUAUGAUGGCUGGAAUUAAAGGAGAUAUAUUUUUGAAUCACUAAACUAAUUUUCUAUAUUAGACUGCAUGUUUAGUUUAAGGAGGAAUGCCACACCAACUUUUUAUUCUAUACAGUAGAUCUCUAAGUCAACCUUUUUAAG